AUUCAUAUGAUAAUAAAUCAUUUCCGCACGAAUAAGAGUCCUAUUGCAGCGCUUGUACGGCUCCACCACCGAGUGUUUUCGGUGACCGCGACCAGAGAGCAAGCGAAAAUGUUAGAUGCGACGAGAUGGGAUAAGUUGCCCGAGGGCGACUGGUUGCGACAAGACCCGAAGAAAAUGAAGAAAACGGUGGAGUGCCGGAGUAUAGCAGCCUUACAGGACUUAUCCGAACUGUUUUGGGAUGGCAGUAUCACGAGCUCUACUGCUAGGAAAGAGCUGAUGAAACGAGUGAAGUCGUGGGAAACAGCGAUCGAUAAGAGAGCGAGUCAACCCAGUGCGGCAUGGAGGAUGCUGGUUUCAGUGAGGAAGGCGUAUUACUUGGCGACCAGCAACCUAGAAGCAGCCGAUGCAGUGGUGAAAGCUCUAGCAGAGUGUAGGGGAAGGAGUGAUAUCAGCAAUAUGCUCCAAUCGUCGUCUUCCCAGAAGUCUGCUGAUGGGUCUAUGAACACCUUUGAAGACUCUAUGGACGACCUUAGCUCGAUACCGAUGCAGAGACGAACGUUCAGCGAGCAGCCUAUAGUGGUUCUGAGUGCCAACGAAGUGGUUUCUUCCGAUGAGGUCAUCCACGAAGACCAGAUAGCCUUCAGGGCACCCCGAGCCAGUGCGGCGCGGGAUAAACGCAUUCCUGAUGUGCGAGUUGAGAUCCUCAGCGGCUCUGUUGUUGGUGAAGAUUCUAAUAGUAUUCGAAGUCGACAAGACCGGAUGGUCUUCGCAACGAACCUCCCAUUUGGGGUCACUCGAGAGGAUUUAGCGCACGCCCUGGGCAAUAUUGGCCGCAUUGUUGACGUGGAGAUAUUCAACGGCAGGGCCUCGAGCGCGGAUUCGAUUUCUGAUAGUUCGCAAAGUUUUGCGGCUCACGAAUCGCGUAUAACAGCAUUGAUCGAAUUUGAAACGGAAAAGUCGGCGAGGAUGUGCCGGUCGAACGUGGCUCGGCUCUUUGGUAUUGUUUGUACCAGUGCUGAUGAUGUUUCUAACAGAGUCAUGCGCCUCGAGCCUGCGAUAUUCAAACGAACCCUUAUGGUCACAAGAGUUGCCUGGCAAUAUAUGCUCUCUGAAGUAUUAGAGAGUAUUGGGUCCAUCAUAACUGCUGACACCAACGCACGACUUGAGAUGAGGGUUCGCAAUGCGCCGAUAUUCGAGAUCCCCAACGCCGAUCUUUGCAAGGCGUCCAUACCCUUGAGGAGCCUGCGUGUCACUUCUGAGUCGGCAAGAACGGUAGAAGUCCGUCAGGACCCUCCAGUUAGCGUCGAUGAAGUUUUAAAGCUCAAGGUCUUGAGAGACGUUGAGGCCCUGGGGGGCUCGGGUGGAACUGAGGGUGAGACUACUGUUGAUGUUCUGAGUGAUACCAGAUGGUUCGUCCAAGAACAGCUCAACGAUGGUAUCAUUUGCUUGAGAUUUCCGACCUUUGCAGACACGUAUGCAGCCAUGAAGAAAUUGACCUCACCGGGUGUGGUCCUGCUAGGAGAUAAAGUCCCUCAAGUUGAAUUCUGUGCGAAGUCCUUAAGGUUCAGCGAGCAGCCUAUAGUGGUUCUGAGUGCCAACGAAGUGGUUUCCUCCGAUGAGGUCAUCCACGAAGACCAGAUAGCCUUCAGGGCACCCCGAGCCAGUGCGGCGCGGGAUAAACGGAUUCCUGAUAUCGGCCGCAUUGUUGACGUGGAGAUAUUCAACGGCAGGGCUUCGAGCGCGGAUUCGAUUUCUGAUAGUUCGCAAAGUUUUGCGGCUCACGAGUCGCGUAUAACAGCAUUGAUCGAAUUUGAAACGGAAAAGUCGGCGAGGAUGUGCCGGUCGAAUGUGGCUCGGCUCUUUGGUAUUGUUUGUACGAGUGCUGAUGAUGUUUCUAACAGAGCCAUGCGCCUCGAGCCUGCAAUAUUCAAACGAACCCUUAUGAUCACAAGAGUUGCCUGGCAAUAUAUGCUCUCUGAAGUAUUAGAGAGUAUUGGAUCCAUUAUAACUGCUGACACCAACGCACGACUUGAGAUGAGGGUUCGCAACGCGCCGAUAUUCGAGAUCCCCAACGCCGACCUUUCCAAGGCCUCCAUACCCUUGAGGAGCCUGCGUGUCACUUCUGAGUCGGCGAGAACGGUAGAAGUCAGUCAGGACCCUCCAGUGAGCGUCGAUGAAGUUUUAAAGCUCAAGGCAUUGAGAGACGCUGAGGCCCUGGGGGGCUCGGGUGGACAUGAGGGUGAGACUACUGUUGAUGUUCUGAGUGAUACUAGGUGGUUCGUACAAGAACAGCUCAACGAUGGUAUCAUUUGCUUGAGAUUUCCGACCUUUGCUGACACGUAUGCAGCCAUGAAGAAAUUGACCUCACCGGGUGUGGUCCUGCUGGGAGAUAAAGUCCCUCAAGUUGAAUUCUGUGCGAAGUCCUUAAGGUUCAGCGAGCAGCCUAUAGUGGUUCUGAGUGCCAACGAAGUGGUAUCUUCCGAUGAGGUCAUCCACGAAGACCAGAUAGCCCUCAGGGCGCCCCGAGCCAGUGCGGCACGGGAUAAACGGAUUCCUGAUAUUGGCCGGAUUGUUGACGUGGAGAUAUUCAACGGCAGGGCCUCGAGCGCGGAUUCGAUUUCUGAUAGUUCGCAAAGUUUUGCGGCUCACGAGUCGCGUAUAACAGCAUUGAUCGAAUUUGAGACGGAAAAGUCGGCGAGGAUGUGCCGGUCGAACGUGGCUCGGCUCUUCGGUAUUGUUUGUACGAGUGCUGAUGAUGUUUCUAACAGAGUCAUGCGCCUCGAGCCUGCGAUAUUCAAACGAACACUUAUGAUCACAAGAGUUGCCUGGCAAUAUAUGCUCUCUGAAGUAUUAGAGAGUAUCGGGUCCAUCAUAACUGCUGACACCAACGCACGACUUGAGAUGAGGGUUCGCAAUGCGCCGAUAUUCGAGAUCCCCAACGCCGACCUUUCCAAGACGUCCAUUCCCCUGAAGAGCCUGCGUGUCACUUCUGAGUCGGCGAGAACUGUAGAAGUCAGUCAGGACCCUCCAGUGAGCGUUGAUGAAGUUUUAAAGCUCAAGGUCUUGAGAGACGCUGAGGCCCUGGGGGGCUCGGGUGCAACUGAGGGUGAGACUACUGUUGAUGUUCUGAGUGAUACCAGAUGGUUCGUACAAGAACAGCUCAACGAUGGUAUCGUUUGCUUGAGUUUGCGUAUUUUGCUGUCAUUUUCUCCGAUUGUUAUUGCUUAG